GGAGCGAACCGAUGACCUCACUUUGGCAGAGCCGGGGAUUGUCUUGGCAGAACUAUGAUAUGAUAACUUCUCCCAUCUUCAUCCAACUAUUAAUAUCAUACUCGCAUAUCUCAAGUAAUUCUCAAUCAUUAGGCCCAGUUCUUAAGAGUUCACAAGAAUAUUGACACUAGCCAUACUAUGAUAUUAGGAGACUACCCCACCAUCCCCAACCCUCUACAUUGUACCUUACAGCGGGGGGGAGCGAGAGAGAGGUCACCAUUAGCAACGCAGAGCACUGUACGUUGCUGUGCGUGUAGGUAGCAAGAGCCUCCAAUUGUAUCUUAUCAUACUGUACUGGAGCAACUUAUCGGUAAAACACCACACCAUCCCUGCAGCAAGCAAGCAAGCAACACAACCUCAACUCACCACACCACACUCCUCUCGCCCCACAACCCAAAAACUAUGGCAACCCCCUACACCCGCUUCGAAGUAGAGCUCGAGGUUCCUCCCUUCCCCUCCCCUCCCCCUCCCCAACGAACCGCUAACAUCUUCAGUUCGUCCAAUGCCUGGCAAACCCCUUCUACCUAAACUUCCUCGCGCACAGCAAGAUCCUGGAAGACGAGAGAUUCAAAAACUAUAUAAUAUACCUCCAAUACUUUCGCAAACCAGAGUACACGAAGCUGCUCACAUACCCGGUACACUCGCUGGCAGCGUUGACGCUAUUGCAGCAGCCGGGUUUCCGCACCGGGAUCAUGAAUCAGGGGUUAGCGAUGGGGAUGUUAGGCGAGGUCGUGGCCGAGGGGAAGAAGGAAGGGGAGAGGGAGAGGGAGAAGGGAAAGGUUGGGGAAGGGGAAGGUGGUGAUGGUGGUGGUGGGGAGAGCGAGGUUGGGGGGAAUUGAGGGAUGGGUUGUUUGUGCUGUAAUACUGUACGUACAGUGAGGAGAGGUUUCUGCCGUUGUCUACCCAAUAUAUCUAAUCCCGGAGCUCACGUAAUUCUAUGAAGUGGCUACAGUGUUAACUUUUUACAGCGUACCUUGAAAUCGUACCCGAUCAGGUUAAACAGCAAUUGGCCUACCGAAUGGAGCGCCUGGAGGAAACGCCAUCUAGCAAGAA